AGAGGAAGAUAGGAAGUGGACAGGCUCACCUUAAACCAGCUCUGAUACAACGCUUUUAGCUCGAGAAACACCAAACUAGAAACGAGCUCACAGGGAUUUCUUUUUACAUGUGUUGUAUAUGUAGUCAUUUAACCAAAGAAUCACACAGUAGUGAGGUAUGUGCCUAUUUAAACGAUAAAACUCAGCGCACUGUGCUUCCCUGUAGUCUGUUAGCCAGUUAGCCUAGUUAGCUUAGUUAGUUUCACUUUUGUUAGCCAGCAAACCCAGUCAGGAAAUGGAAAAACAGACAAAACCCGCAUAAAAGAGUCUCCUGAUACUCCCACAGACUCAGAGUAGCGACGGAGUGAUGAUCAGCAGAGAUGGAAAGUAUGAGUGAUGACGGUGCGAUAAACCACAACACCACCCUGACUAAUAAACAGAGGGGGAACGAGGUCACAGUGCGGCCAGCCACUCUGGACCAUCUGUCCAUUCAUCAGCUUGCUGCACAUGGAGAAAUGGCUCAAAUGAAGAUGCACCUUGACUCUGAUAUGUCUCUACUCAACAGUCAGGAUGAACGAGGCUUCACUCCGCUGAUGUGGGCGGCUGCAUUUGGAGAGAUCGAAAUGGUCCAGUUUCUCCUGGAAAAGGGAGCUGAUCCCAGAACAUUUGCGCGAGAGCGAGAAAGUGCCUUGUCUUUAGCCAGCGCCUGUGGGUUCGCAGACAUUGUCAACAUUCUCUUAGAACACAAAGUUGACAUAGACUCCUACGACUGGAACGGAGGUACCCCUCUUCUUUAUGCAGUCCGUGGCAAUCAUAUGAGGUGUGUGGAGUAUCUCUUAGGUCACGGUGCUGAUAUUACAUUCGAAGCUGACUCUGGAUACAGUCCGGUGGCCCUGGCUGUUGCGCUUGGCUACAAAAAAAUGCAAAAGCUACUUGAGGACCACAUUCUGAAACUGUUACGAAGCUGAACCAGAUGACCAAACCACAAAGAACAAUUUUUUCUUUUUUUGUCUGUUCGUUCCUCUCCUUGUAAACCUUUUUAUACCUUUUUAAUAAAAAAUGACAAACAUGUAAA